AGAAAUUUCUUUUGAGGAUUUUUAAAACUUUUCUGCAUUUAAAUUUAGUUGUUUUGGUAAGCGAUCUUUCAAGUGGUGAAAGAUCGCUUACCAUUAGUAUGUACUUACUAGAAAUUAUUUUAGUUUUGUAUAGUUUGGUAUAAAUUUUGAAGGAAAAUGCAGUCUGUUCAUAAAACAGUAGACACCAAAUCUAGAAAAAUAUGUUCAGUGCCUCAAUGUUCAUCAUAUUGUACAGCAGAUGUUUCAUUGCAUGCUUUUCCUCAAGAUCCUAAGCUAUGUAAAAUCUGGCAAAACAUAUUGAAAAUUGGAAAGCCGAUAACAAAAUAUAUGUUAGUUUGUAGCCUUCAUUUUACAGAAAAUGAUUUCACUAUAGCAACAAAUAAGCGACGUCGGUUAGAGAAACUAGUACUUCCUAGUCAAAAAAUCCCAAAGACGAGCCAUUCAUUAAAAAAGAAAAUAAAGUCCAGAUCGGAGCGACAUUGGCUACAAAAAUGCACAUUAAAUGUUGAUGAAAAUGUAGAAGUAGAAGAGCAUGAAAUUUCGCUAGAAGUUGAUGCUCAAUGUGUCAGUGAAGCAAAAGAACAUGCUACUCAACUUGCUAGAACUGUUGAUGAACCAAAACCUUAA